AUGCUUGAUAUCGAAUGGCCCUUUCCAACGCAUAUGGAUUUUCGUGGUCAAAAAAUGGCUGAAAGACUAUUUCAAGUUAUUAUUGUUUUUUUUGGUCUUAUUGGUUUUCUUGCUGGUUAUAUGAUGCAACAAUUUAGUAUGACGAUCUAUAGUGUUCUUUUUGGCGUUUUAGUUUCUGCUGUUUUAACAAUUCCACCAUGGCCAAUGUAUCGUAAUAAUCCAGUUGAAUGGCAAAAACCAUCUAAUUCAACUAAAGAAACAAAUAAAAAUAAUGCAUCAUCAUCAUCAUCAUCAAAAUCACCAAAUAAAGAUGUCCGUAAACCACCAAAAGGAAAAAAAGACCAAUAA